AUGUCAUCGGCCAAUUCGUGUACAAUCGAUUCGGUUUUCUAUGAGGAAAAUAGUUCCGCACAAAAUUUACCGAUACUCGAAACUGUAAAACUCGAUCUACUCAUUCAAUCAAAGACACUAGGAGACAAUAUGAAAUCACUCCUGACAUUGAUGAGCGCAAAUCAAGUCAAUCAAACCGAACAAAAACAAGUUUAUGAAAACAUCAAACAAGAUUAUGAGCAAUUAAUUCGAAAGUUAGAACAGAAAAAACAGACUGGUAAUUUUAACGAUGUUGAUCUCGAUGGCGAUUUGAAUACAGAAUUAGAAUUAAUGAAACAAUUGCUGAGAGAAAUUGCAUCAAGAAUAACAGGCAAUUUGUUUGGCAAAUCGAAUAACAAUUCACCAACUGAUCGACGUAGUGUUCCAAUCUACGAGGAUAGUCAUUCGAGCCAAUAUGAUCGAUCUUCGCUGUGCAAUCACGAUGAUCUCAUGGAACAGUACAAGAAAUUGUUGACAGCUGUUAACACAGAAAAUACUGACCAAAACGAUCGAAUGAAAUCGAUGAUGGAUGAAUUAGAGACUGAUUUGAAAAAAUCGCAAAUCACUUCUCCUCGUUUAUGCCCACCAGAUUUAUUCCCUAAUCAAAUUGUAGAAGACAAUAAACAGAAAGCAUAUGUCUAUACAUCUGCGGGUUCAGAUGAUGAACCUUCACAGAGCGAUAAUAUAUCGCCUAUACCAUUUACAAAGAGUGUGGAAUCGACCUCAGCCGAGCUUCAUUACAUACCUUCAAGUUCUGUUGAACAGCAUCAACAUAAAAUUCAAGAAGAACCUUCGAAACCUAAAAUCUCGCCAAGGAGAGCGACGAAGAAAACUGCUUCGAGUACGCAGGAAUACCAUCGACUUGGAGACAUCAGAAAACCAGAGCCUAAGGAUAUUCUGAGCGAUGUUGAACAGAUGAGGCAAUCAUCAUUGGUUUUACCAAACGAUGCAACUCGGAAUUCGUAUUGUUCAAUUAAAACACGCGUUCAAGAUUGUGAUAGUGGCAUAGGAACUAAUACCGUUACAAAGCUUGCUUCUGACAGUAAACACACCAGUCCAAUAGAUGAAAGCCAAUUACAUUCGUUAGAUGAAGAUCAAGUAUCAAUUUCAUCAUCAUUACAUUCGAGUGGUACAGAUUCAGGAAGCCUUUAUCGUAAACAUAACAAAAGAUUCACGAAUCCAACACUACGCCAAAGGAAACAAGAUCAUCAAUCUACAGAUUACUCUUACUUAUCAGAAAUCGAUACUUAUGUUACUCAUCCAUUCGAUCCAUUACCUCAACUUCCGCCGCACAACAAAAAACUACUCCGGAGUAAUCAAGUCUGGAAACCGCAGCGAACAUCAAGUCCACAACGUGCACGAAUAGGAUUCGUUCAUCGAAGUGCAUCGAUCGGGGUUGGUGAUAUAGAAAAGUAUAAAACCAAACUUCAUCAUCCGCUGAAUGCCACUCAAAUACAUUCGGAAGUGAAAACACAGCCGACUGUGCAUCGUAGUUCAUUGCUAAUCAAUCAUACACCGGAAAAAUCGAAUUUAGACCCUAUAGAUAAAUUCUAUUUCGACUCCAACAAAAGAGUUAUCUAUCGAUAUCGAACUAAUGAACCGCGAAAUUCGAUUACAGUUGAUCAGUCAGCAAUCUCUCAGAAGAAAGUUUAUCGUUGCGGAAAAUGUGGAAGUGUGACACCAUAUCAUCAUCGUCGCCACGGUACUUCAGUGACACGAGAAUCGGCAACUCAAGCAGAUGAUCUCGGAUAUGAAAGUGGUCACAAACAGCGAAACCAACCAUACCGAUAUACUCAAUCCAUCUCAUCGUCAGAAAGUGAUUCCGAUCUAAGUGCAAACUAUCUCCAGAUGAUUGCGUUGAACGAAGCUUAUGAACGAGCUGAAAAAGUUGAAAACUGUUCACAACGAUUAUCGAGAUACAUCACUCGACAACUUCGACUUGCUUUGACGCUUAUCUAA